ACCAGCAGAGUCACUUUGCCGAGUUUGCCUGAGAAGCUCCUUGGACAUGGUCAAUAUAUUUGAAGAGACACUGCCUCCAGGCGGCAUUGCACUGGCCGAUGUGGUUUCACAAUGUACAGAGAAUGCCGUGGCCAAAGGUGACUCAUUUCCUGAAACCAUUUGCCGUCCCUGUAUGGUGGACAUGCAAGCUGCCUUUGAGAUAAGACUGACUUUUGAAAGGAGCCGUACGUUCUAUGGGAUGAUGCAACAACAGAGCUUGGAGGAGAAGGUGUCGAAGGGAGAACUGCAACCUUACGUGGAGGACGACGAAGCGUCUAAUUCGCAGUUAUUGAAAGACUCCGAUUCUGUUGUAAAUUUUUCCAAAAUAACCAGUUCUGAGCAGAGUGACGAGUUGGAUAUCUUUCUUAAACAAGACGAUUGCGAGAAUGUUCCCAAAAAUGUUACUGAUUCUCCCAGACGCCGUAAACCUAAAAAAUAUAAGAAUUCUCUAGAUUCGAAUGGCAGUAAAAACGAACCCAUGGAGGAUUCGAAUGAUAAAGAUUUUGUCGACCGAAGCAGUGAGGCCAGCGAUGAUGCCUUCGAUGUUGUUACCAGUAGUGACAUCUCUCCUAAGCAGAACCAAGAACCAAUAAACAAUACCAAGCCUCUGUUUGUGUGCCCUGUUUGCUCGAAACCCUUUUCAUACAAAGGUAAUCUCAAAAUUCACAUCCAGAGCGUCCACAAUGGGGAGCGGCCUUACACAUGUCCCCACUGCAACAAAGGGUUUUCCCACAAGGGAAAUCUGAAAAACCACAUACGCAGUCACACCAGAGAACAGCCGUUUAAGUGCACCCUAUGUUCAUCGUCGUUUUCGAAGAACUAUAACCUGAAGAUACACAUGCGCAUCCACACAGGCGAGCUACCCUACCGCUGUACCCUCUGCCCAGUCUCCCUCAGCAGACGCGAUACAUUCAAUAUGCAUAUGUUCAGCCACACAGGCGGCAAACUCCACAAGUGCUCGAAGUGCGAGAUGACCUAUACGUUUAGUAACAGCCUUCGGAAGCACAUCAAACGGAAGCACAGCACCUAGUAUAUAGUUUAUAGAUAGUUUAGCUACUAUAUCAUAUAUGUAAGAAGUGCCUUUACCAAGUCUCGUACCAAAAACUUAAAUCUUUGUAAGCCCACUUGAAAAUUCACCAAUAAAAAUAUUCCUUUCAAUAAACA